UUUGAAAAAUCUCGCAUGCGCCUCACCAACACCUGGAGUUGUGUUGGGGUUCUGACCCCUUCCAACCCACCCUCCUCCACUCCCCAUGGCCUAUCCUAAUACUGGAUAUUAGGGAAAACAGGAACUUGGGGACCUGCGCCGGCUGAAUGGGGACAGGAGCUCAGGCUCAGGAAAGAGCUGGAAGAGGCUGCCAGGCAAUGGAGGCUGGCUGAAUCCAGGCAAGUGAUGGGCACAGCCUCAGACUCUAGUUCCUCAGCUGAGCCUGGGCUCCUACCACCUACUGGCGCUCUCCCCCUGUAGGAGACACCGUGCUCCUACGGGGGGGCCUCAGCUCUAGGGUCCGGUCGGACCCUGCACAAGCCCCUCUCCUGGGCUUCUCACCAUGACCCAGCCGGCCCCCAGAGGUUCAAGAAUGCAAGGGUUCCCAUGAGCCCUUGGCCACCAAUGCCCUGGCCUCUGGCUGUCUGAUACAGUUCCUCCUGCUGUGCACCAAAUUGGGGUUACCCCGGCUGUGCUGAUGCAAGGGUAGAAGGCACGGCCCCUUGUACGGAUUCCCAGCCCAAGAGUCUAAGAUUCCAGGUUAGUGCGUUUGCUCAGAGAAGUGGAGGUGGGGGACAGGUCCCAACUGGGCCCCAGAGGCUGUAAGAACAGGAGGGGCCCUGGCCCAGAGUCUGUGCUGGGGCAGUCAGAGGGGCCACUGGAAAUUGGGGUGUGCUUCCUAGAGGCAUCCUUUGAGCUGAGGUUACCCCCCCCAAAUCCCCCUCCCCCCAACCUGGAGCAGGGCUCAGGAAGGGAGGGCAAAGCCAGAGACCAGGCAGAGCCUGGUGGCUGAAGGCCUUGAGUGCCUAGGGAAGGAGGCUGGGUCUUAGCCUUCAGGAACAGUGCAGCCAUGGAAGGACUUGAGGAGGGGGUGGCUCCUGGGCACUUCCCAGAUCACAGCUGGACACUGGGGAUGGAUGACAAAGGCAGGCGCUGACCCAACUCAGCUACAACGAUAAGGGAUAGAGCAGAGCCCCGGGAGGACCAGAGCUGCAGGGGCAGCCCUGCAGUCUUGGAGGAAAGGGAGUGCGGGCCAAGGGCCGGGUGGACUUCACCGGGCGGGGAGGAGAACUCGGGCCGGGCCACUCGUCCAAGGGGAGCGGGUGUGGCGCUGAAGGUGGCCAGACGGACACGAGCCAGGAAGAACCCCCUGGGGAGCCGCGGGCAGGGAUGUGGCGCGGUCCAGCUCGUCGUGGCCUCGUCCUACCGCGAGCAUCGGCCAGGCUCGCAGGCCGGCUGCUCCGAUCCCAGGGCGCACUCAGGGACUCGGUUUCCCCGCGCGGCGGGGCGGGGCGGGGCCAGUGCAAGUCUCGAAGCCGCCUGCAGGGGGCGCCCGUGAGCGCCGCGGCCGGAGCCCGAGCCCGAGCCGCCGCGGAGACAGCGGGAGCCGGCGCGCGAGCGGCAGGUGCCUUGGGGACUACGAAGCCGAGCUGAGCCAAGAUGCUGCCAGGGCCCCUGAAAAGGGCCCAGUUUCUGGAGACUCAGAGUGGGCUGUGAAAAACCCCUUGGGGAGCCCCCCUCCCAGGCAGGGAGGCUCUUGGCUCCUGUGAAGAAGGGGCUCAGGGGCCUGGGCAGGGCCAGCUGCACUGCAGCUAUGGACCGUGAGCUGGCCUGGCCCGCGUCCUUGCUGACCCUGCCUGUCUGCAGCCAUGUCCACCAUGGGCUCCUGGGUGUACAUCAUGGUGGAGCUGGCCAUUGCCGUGCUGGCCAUCCUGGGCAACGUGCUGGUGUGCUGGGCCGUGUGGCUGAACAGCAACCUGCAGAACGUCACCAACUACUUUGUGGUGUCCCUGGCGGCAGCCGACAUUGCUGUGGGAGUCCUCGCUAUCCCCUUCGCCAUCACCAUCAGCACAGGGUUCUGUGCCGCCUGCCACAACUGUCUCUUCUUCGCCUGCUUUGUCCUGGUCCUCACGCAGAGCUCCAUCUUCAGCCUCCUGGCCAUCGCCAUUGACCGCUACAUCGCCAUCCGCAUCCCACUCCGGUACAAUGGCUUGGUGACUGGCACAAGGGCCAAGGGCAUCAUUGCAGUCUGCUGGGUGCUGUCGUUUGCCAUUGGCUUGACUCCCAUGCUGGGCUGGAACAACUGCGGUCAGCCACAGGGGGGCCAAAACCACUCACAGGACUGCGGGGAGGGCCAGGUGGCCUGUCUCUUUGAGGACGUAGUCCCCAUGAACUACAUGGUGUACUACAACUUCUUUGCCUGUGUCCUGGUGCCCCUGCUGCUCAUGCUGGGCGUCUACUUGAGGAUCUUCCUGGCGGCUCGGCGACAGCUGAAGCAGAUGGAGAGCCAGCCUCUGCCGGGGGAGCGGGCUCGGUCCACGCUGCAGAAGGAGGUCCACGCUGCCAAGUCGCUGGCCAUCAUUGUGGGGCUCUUCGCCCUCUGCUGGCUGCCCCUGCACAUCAUCAACUGCUUUACUUUCUUCUGCCCAGAGUGUAGCCAUGCCCCACUCUGGCUCAUGUACCUGACCAUCGUCCUCUCCCACACCAAUUCUGUUGUGAACCCCUUCAUCUAUGCCUACCGCAUCCGUGAGUUCCGCCAGACCUUCCGCAAGAUCAUCCGCAGCCACAUCCUGAGGCGGCGGGAGCCCUUCAAGGCAGGGGGCACCAGUGCCCGGGCCUUGGCAGCUCAUGGCAGUGAUGGAGAGCAGAUCAGCCUCCGCCUCAAUGGCCAUACUCCUGGGGUGUGGGCCAAUGGCAGUGCCCCUCAUCCUGAGCGGCGGCCCAAUGGCUACACCCUGGGGCUGGUGAGUGGAGGGAGUGCCCAUGAGUCCCAUGGGGACAUGAGCCUCCCAGAUGUGGAGCUCCUCAGCCAUGAGCACAAGGGAGCAUGCCCAGAGUCCCCUGGCCUCGAGGGUCCCCUGGCCCAGGAUGGAGCAGGAGUGUCCUGAUGAUCCACUGAAUUUGCCCCUUCCUACAGGAAGGAAAUCUUUCUCUUUGGUGGAUAGAGCCAGUCACGUUGGGAAAAGAGUGAAUGUGCCUGGAGGCCCUUUUCAUGGCCAGUUCCCACUUUGGACUGAGAGGAGGGAGCCCUGGCUGGAGCAGCAUGAGGCCCAGUAGGAAGGGUUUGGAGUCCGAGGAAGUGGACGUUUCAUGUUGGGAGGCCCUGCAUCAGGCCAAGACCACAGCACCAGAGCAUCUUGGCUGGGCAGGGCCUGGUUCCCCACUCUGGAAGCAUCUAGAAGUACCACCCUGACUUGGCAGAAUAGCUGUGGCAGAGCAGGCUGGCUGGCCCUGAGGCUGGGGGGCAGGGAGGGUGGCUCUAGCAGGCCCUCUACCACACACACAGACCACCCUCCCCAGACUUUCCAAGGGUUCAGGAGCUGCUGUGCCCAGAGGUGGCGUUUUUCUUUUCCUUUUUUUUUUUCCCAGGAGAAAAUGUUAAGUGUGAAGAAUACCUUUUUUUUUAAAUUAUCUUCCUUCCCUGGUUGCUGUCUCUGUUGUCAGUCCUGCUGCUCACCCUGCUCCAGGGGUCAGCCCAGGGAGCCCCAGGCAGCACUCUCUGGCUACCAUGAGCUGCCACGCACUUCUUACACUAUCAGUCCCAGGGUCAUCUUUGGGGGCCACAAAGCUGGGCUCAAGGAUGGGGAGUUGUAAUGGAGUGCUGCCUGACUGUGGGCUCAGGGGAGGAAGUGGGGACUGGCCCACCAUGCGGUAUGCCUGGGUAGCUCAGAGCUGCCCAGUCAGAGGCCCUAUCUGCCUUUCCUUCUGAAGGGAAUGUUUUUUUCUGAGAUAAAAUAAAAAUGAGCCAUGUUGUGUUUUAA